GUGAUAUAAAGUUGAAUGCGUGGAAAAUUAUCCCAAGCCUCCUCUUACAUCGUAAAACCCUAGUAAAACCCUUGUGUGUUGGGAAAUGGCGUUCAACUCGAUUCUUCGCAAGUCGGGUUCUUUUGCAAGGGCUCUUGCUGUCGCGGGUCAAUUGACGAAGAAUAACCGCCCGGGUCAUCGUACUUUGCUCCUCACCGUCAUCAACCAGCACCAUCACAAGGAUUCGUUUUUUCCGAGGUCUCACUUUUCUUCUGUAGCUUCCAAGAAGAAACCAACCUCCGAUGAGAAUCUUCUCCGAGUCAUCGAAUCCGAAAUCGAAUGCGCCCAGGACACCGAUGAUCACGGCGCAGUUGAAGAGGUUCCGAGUAAUUUUCCCUUUAAAAUUGUUGAUAGUCCCGGGCAGCAGACUAUAACACUUGAAAGGACGUACCAAGAUGAAGAAAUUAAGGUAGAGGUUCACAUGCCUGAUUUGGUCACUGGGGAAGAAAAUGAUGAAGAUAACGAUAAUGAGAGUGAAAGAGCUUCUCAAUCAAGCAUUCCACUUGCAGUUAGUGUUUAUAAGAGGGGUGGACCCUAUCUAGAGUUUAACUGUGUGGGUUACCCUGAUGAGAUUGUUAUUGACAGCUUGUCUAUUAAGAAUCCUGAUCUUGCUGAGGAUCAAAUAGCUUAUGAGGGGCCAGAUUUCCAGGACUUGGAUGAGAAUCUACAGAAGUCUUUUCACAAGUAUUUAGAAAUCAGAGGAAUCAAACCCAGCACAACAAAUUUCCUGCAUGAGUACAUGAUCAACAAGGACAGUAAAGAGUACUUGGUAUGGCUGCAAAAACUCAAGAGCUUUGUUCAAGCAUGAGCUUACACAUCUCUUUAUGUGCUUACGCGGUCGUUUGAAGAUAGGAUGCAGAAUACUUAUUUUUUGUCUUAUUACUUGCGUAUGCAUUCGAAGGAAAAAAAAUACCCAGAGAUUUUGUUAUUGUGGUUUAGCUGUAGCUCCUAUUAGUCAUUGAAGGUAGCUCACGUUUGAAAAAUGCUUGGUUAAUUUCAUGGAUAAAAUUUAAAAGCAUUAUUUUAAAUGUUUUUAGCACUGCUGUUGUUCAGUUAAAAAUAAAGUUUUACCCAAGUGUUGUAUUGA